AUGCACGUAUCUGUUUUUCAGGGUCUUACAUAUUUAGCAGGAGAGACGGAAGACAGGCUUGCAACAAACCGCACUGAUGGUUUGCUUGAAUGGGAGCAGCGGGAACAACAGUUGGUCACCUUGCAACUCAUUGCUGUAUUAUGCGAGAGAUUUGGUCAUCUCAUCCUCAACAAUACUGUGCACGUCAUUGAAUUUGUCAUUACAACAUUGGAUCGUUGCUGCGUAAACUUGACGCACCGAACUGAGGAGACUGUGGAAGCACAGACACUAAGUAUGGGAAUGGGACUGAUCGCAGCCAUGCUGGGAGGAGCUGUUCAGCUCACCUCAACAGAUUUUGAUGCCAUGAAACCAAUGUUACCCAGACUUGAGCAGAUUGCAGUGUUACAUCCUGAUCCUGUUAUACAAGAGUUGGCAUCAGACUUGCGCAUUACUGUCGCUACCCAUGGAGCAUUCUCCACUGAAACAGUUGCAACAGCUGCACAAAGCACCAUGGGCAACCAAAAUAAACAGGAUGACAAACCAACAAAGUCCAGCCACCCAAAAGAAACUUGUCCAGUGACUGGAAGCCAGCGACAGUCGCCUACUUCCCAUAGUGUUGGUGGGAUGGAGCACGGGAACAUGGCCACCCCUGGCAACUCACCCAGGAACUUCCACCAGAUUCUUCAGAUCGCCUUUGAUCCCGAGGUCCCCACACGAGCAGCUGCUCUAAGGACAAUUAGCCGGAUGGUUCAACAACGUAACCCUGAUGCUCUCAGCAACCAAGAGAAGGUUCUAUCGGUGAGUUUUCUUAUUGUUCUCUUGGGGUUGUUGCAGAUAGUUUUAUAAUUGUAUUGUGAAUGA